UGAGCUAAUAUAUAAGACCCCAAGGGGCCGAUACAUACAUGUCAGUCACAUCGGCUUGGCGUAGGCUUCUCUUCUUGACCACCAACGACCCCACGAGCUUGAGAGAUGGCACCCAAGAAGGCCAAGAGGAGGCAGCAGCAGGGUGAGGGUGGAUCCUCCAACGUGUUCUCCAUGUUCGAGCAGAGCCAGAUCCAGGAGUACAAGGAGGCUUUCACAAUCAUCGACCAGAACAGAGAUGGCAUCAUUAGCAAGGACGACCUCAGGGACGUGCUGGCCAGCAUGGGCCAGCUGAAUGUGAAGAAUGAGGAGCUGGAGGCCAUGGUGAAGGAGGCCAGCGGCCCCAUCAACUUCACCGUCUUCCUGACCAUGUUCGGCGAGAAGCUCAAGGGUGCCGAUCCCGAGGACGUCAUUGUGAGCGCUUUCAAGGUCCUGGACCCCGAGGGCACUGGCACCAUUAAGAAGGAUUUCCUUGCGGAGCUCCUGACCACCCAGUGCGACAGGUUCAGCGCUGAGGAGAUGAAAAACCUGUGGGCUGCCUUCCCCCCUGAUGUGGCUGGCAAUGUGGACUACAAAAACAUCUGCUACGUCAUCACACACGGAGAGGACAAGGAGGAGUAAAUCCCCUCUCCUAACAUCUCUACCUCCAUUCAAACCUGGUUGUUUUUUUUUUUUUUUGGUUUUUCUUUUUGGGCUAUCAUCCACUCGCUCCAUUUUCCUCCAGCACCAUGACUCGCUUGCGCACACUCAUGCCCAGGUCUAAUGUUUCCGUUCACCAGCUCAUUAUAAAAAGACUUCUCCUUAGCUGAGAUACUGUGUGAGAGGACCUGAGGGCUGUGGGGAGUGACUGUGUGUGAGUACCAACAGGAGAACAUGGGAUUAUUUUCAAUAAAUAUAAUCUUGUGACACUGAAACCUUCUCUCUAUCUCUGUCCCUGCCUCUUUUUCCUCCUUUUCUCCUCAUCAUUCAUCCUGCUCUUCUGUGUUGAGGCCAACAGUGCAUGCAUCAUACCUACGCAAAGCUCAAUUAACCAGCGGUUGGUCAAGACGUCUCUUGGGUGCUUUGGUGCAUGCACAGUCACUUGCUUGAAACAAGCGAGCAGUCUGACCAGAGUGGUGUGUUAGUCUCAACCUUUCAGAGUGUUUUCAAUGGCUUUUAUCUGUGUGCAAGUGGAGUAAAAGAGUAGGAGAAACGCACUAAAAUAGCUGCCUGCUCCUCUCUUUUAACUCGGUUUUGGACUCUUCUUAUAUGCAGAUAGGAAAAAGAUGCAGUAAAAAAACGAAAAAAGCAUGACUUGUACAAGUUUUCAGUUUUGUAAAUUGAGGAAAGGUGAAAGGUGGGGAGUAUAGGGGAAGAGAAGACGCAAACGUAAAACAUCUGUUUUUGUCUCUCUCUCCUCCCGCUUGCCAUGCUUUCCUGUUUCUGUCUCCACUGUAACAAAGGAAAGAAGUACAAAUAAAAAAACACUACUUUUCGUAUGAAA